AUGUCAUGGAUGCAAAAUUUAAAAAACUACCAACACCUACGGGACCCCUCCGAGUACAUGUCCCAAGUGUAUGGAGACCCAUUGGCUUAUCUUCAAGAAAAUACGAAAUUCGUUACUGAAAGAGAGUAUUAUGAAGAUUUUGGCUAUGGAGAAUGCUUUAAUUCAUCGGAGUCGGAAGUUCAGUGCGAGCUAAUAACUGGAGAGUUUGACCCAAAGUUGCUACCAUAUGACAAACGUCUCGCCUGGCACUUCAAGGAGUUUUGCUACAAGACAUCCGCUCACGGUAUUCCAAUGAUUGGUGAAGCUCCAAAUGUGUACUAUCGAGCUGUAUGGGUUAUGUUGUUCCUUGGAUGUAUGAUUAUGUUGUACCUCAAUGCACAAUCCGUGUUGGACAAGUACAAUCGGAAUGAAAAGAUUGUGGAUAUCCAACUUAAGUUUGAUACUGCUCCAUUCCCGGCUAUCACUCUCUGUAAUCUCAACCCGUACAAAGCCAGCUUAGCCACCAGCGUGGAUCUCGUCAAACGAACAUUAUCUGCGUUUGAUGGUGCUAUGGGCAAAGCCGGAGGGAACAAAGAACACGAUGGAGAGAAGGAAGUUAUCACGGAGGCACCAACAACGCCGGCACCAACAACAAAACCAUCACGUCGCCGCGGGAAACGCGAUUUGUCUGGCGCCUUCUUCGAGCCUGGAUUCGCGAGAUGUCUUUGCGGAAGUCAAGGAUCCAGUGAGCAAGAAGACAAGGACGAUGAGAAAGAGGAGGAGAUGCAUGAAACGACCACUAGGAAGCCAUUCAAUAUUAAUGAUGCCGAUGAGGAAUGGGAUGGAAUGGAAGAGUAUGACAACAAUGAGCAUUAUGAGAAUUACGAUGUCGAAGCGACGACUGGAAUGAACAUGAUGGAGGAGUGCCAAUCGGAAAGAACGAAAUUCGACGAGCCCACUGGAUUCGACGAUCGCUGUAUUUGCGCGUUUGACAGAUCUACUCAUGAUGCAUGGCCUUGCUUUUUGAAUGGAACCUGGGAAACAACAGAAUGCGACACCUGUAACGAGCAUGCUUUCUGCACAAAAGACAACAAAACUGCAAAAGGCCAUCGUUCCCCAUGCAUUUGUGCUCCAUCGAAGUUCUGUGUCGCAUAUAACGGCAAAACUCCACCAAUUGAAAUCUGGACGUACCUGCAAGGAGGAACACCAACCGAAGAUCCGAAUUUCUUAGAAGCUAUGGGUUUUCAAGGCAUGACCGAUGAGGUGGCAAUUGUUACCAAGGCAAAAGAAAACAUGUUUGCAAUGGCAACUCUUUCUAUGCAAGAUCGAGAGAGAUUGAGCACAACUAAAAGGGAGCUGGUGCACAAGUGUUCCUUUAAUGGAAAAGCCUGUGAUAUUGAGGCUGAUUUCUUAACCCAUAUUGAUCCUGUAUUUGGCUCUUGCUUUACUUUCAACCAUAACCGAACUGUCAAUCUGACUAGUAUUCGUGCUGGUCCCAUGUACGGAUUACGUAUGCUUGUCUAUGUCAAUGCUUCUGAUUACAUGCCAACCACUGAAGCUACUGGGGUCCGAUUGACUAUUCAUGACAAAGAAGACUUCCCAUUCCCUGACACAUUCGGCUACUCUGCCCCAACUGGAUAUGUGUCGUCGUUCGGCUUGAGAUUGAGAAAAAUGUCUCGAUUACCAGCACCAUACGGUGAUUGUGUGCCAGAUGGGAAAACUUCCGACUACAUCUAUAGUAACUAUGAGUACUCCGUCGAGGGUUGCUACCGCUCCUGCUUCCAACAACUGGUUCUUAAAGAAUGCAGAUGUGGUGAUCCCAGGUUCCCAGUUCCAGAAGGUGCGAGACAUUGUGACGCCGCUGAUCCUGUUGCAAGAAGAUGCCUGGACGCUAGAAUGAAUGAUCUCGGAGGUCUUCAUGGAUCCUUCCGUUGCAGAUGUCAACAACCGUGUCGCCAAUCAAUUUACUCUGUGACAUACUCUCCGGCAAAAUGGCCAUCGCUAUCUCUUCAAAUCCAGCUGGGAUCGUGUAAUGGUACUGCGGUGGAGUGCAAUAAGCAUUACAAAGAGAACGGCGCAAUGGUUGAAGUGUUCUAUGAACAGCUCAAUUUCGAAAUGCUCACCGAAUCUGAGGCUUAUGGAUUCGUCAACUUGUUAGCUGAUUUCGGUGGACAGUUGGGUCUCUGGUGCGGAAUCUCUUUCUUGACAUGUUGCGAAUUCGUUUUCCUGUUUCUGGAGACUGCUUACAUGAGCGCCGAGCACAAUUACUCUCUAUAUAAGAAGAAAAAAGCAGAAAAAGCCAAGAAAGUGGCUUCCGGAUCUUUCUAA